UCAUCAAUGUAGACACAUUUCAACUUUACAUCUCAGUCGUGAGUCAGUAUUUCCUCAAAACGCAAACCAGCGCCAUUAUCGCGAGCAUUACGGAAAAUUGAAUGCAACCAAUUCAGGGGAAAAAGGCUAGUGCAAAAAAGAAAAAUCGAUAAUUUCCCACUGAAAAACGAACAAUCUUUACAUAACGUGUGGUGCAUUGAACAGGAACCGUGAUUGGCAAAAAAAUACCAGGGCUCAGUUUCAUAUUUGAGAAAUUUAUAGCAGCCGUAAGUAAUACGAGAAAAUACGAGACGUGUUGGUUGUUGCCACCUGACAGAAGCUUUCUGCAACAUAAAAUGAGAACCAAAACCGAACCGAGUAAACGACACAAGAUGGUCAAAGAAACAGGCUUCUACGAUAUAUUGGGCGUGAAGCCGGGAUGCACCCAAGAGGAUUUGAAGAAAGCUUACCGGAAGCUGGCUCUGAAGUAUCACCCCGACAAGAACCCAAAUGAGGGAGAGAAGUUCAAGCAAAUUUCGAUGGCAUAUGAAGUGUUGUCCGAUCCCGAGAAGAAAGCCAUCUACGACGAGGGCGGUGAAUCUGCUAUCAAAAAAGGUGGCUCCGGUGGAGGAGGUGGUUUCCACAGUCCCAUGGACAUCUUUGAGAUGUUCUUCAAUGGUGGUUUUGGUGGACGCAGCAAACGAGAGCGCCGAGGCAAGGAUUUGGUUCACCAGUUGUCAGUCACACUAGAGGAACUGUACUCUGGUACCACACGAAAAUUGGCUCUGCAGAAGAAUAUUAUCUGUGAUCAGUGUGAAGGCCAUGGUGGCAAAAAAGGUGCGGUGCAGAAAUGUUCGCCGUGUCGUGGAACAGGUGUAGUCACUAAGAUUCAACAGCUGGCGCCGGGCUUCGUGCAGCAAUUCGAGGAAGCUUGCCGUCAAUGUCGUGGAAUGGGUGAAAUUAUCGACGAAAAGGACAAGUGCAAGACCUGCAGCGGCCGCAAAACUGUGCGAGAUCGCAAGAUUUUAGAGGUUAAUGUUGAGAAGGGAAUGCGUGAUGGUCAGAAAAUAGUCUUCUCGGGUGAAGGUGACCAGGAUCCUGAGUUGCAGCCCGGUGAUAUUGUGAUAGUACUGGAUGAGAAGGAACAUCCCGUGUUUAAACGAUCGGGACAGGAUCUCGUAAUGCAUAUACAGCUUCAGCUCGUGGAGUCGCUCUGUGGUUUUCAGAAAGUAAUUCGAACGCUGGACGAUCGGGAUCUGGUUAUCACGUCUUACCCCGGCGAAGUCAUAAAACACGAAGCCAUCAAGUACAUUGCUGGUGAGGGUAUGCCUCAGUAUAAGAAUCCAUUUGAGAAGGGACGACUCAUCAUCCAGUUCUUCGUCGUUUUCCCUGAUUCGCUUCCAAUCGAUUUGGUACCCGCUUUGGAACAAUGUUUACAAGGACGACCGGUUGUCAAAAUUCCUCAAAAUGCUGAAGAAUGUAGUCUUGUUGAACUGGAUCCUGAGCACGACCGCAGGAGUGGUGGCUACAAGAAUGCGUACGAUGAGGACGAAGACCAUCAUGGGAAUCCCGGGGUACGAGUACAGCAAUGCGCUACAAGUUAAAUGCAUUUCCUCGAUACCCGGGAGGGGAGAUUUAUUGUCGCCGCAUAGAAAAACGAAAACAAGGAAAAAGAGUGGACGUUAAAUGUCUUUGUGUGCGCAUUAGAUGCUAAAUUAGUUUUAGUUUUUCUCCUUCAAAAACCAAAAUCGCAGUUUGAAAAAAAAAUCUACACAAGUAUCAAAUCGCAAUGGUUUGCAACCGAGUAAAACAGUAACAGCUACCUACACUUCGAAUUUAAACGCCCUGGACGCUUGAAGGAAGCCUCCCUGUUGGGAAGAGAAAUCAUCUUCAUAAGUAAAAUCAACUUCCUCUCAUUCCACGAACAAAUUUGUUACUACCCAGCAACACGUUUUUGCUGCCACACACUUACUUGUCCAAUAAAAAAGGAUAUAUUUCGAAUUCCAUUGUCUUUCAGUUUAUUUUGAGGAAUUUUAUUUAUGAAUUAUGUUCAGUAAGCUUUAUCAGAUUAUUCAUACGAAACCAUAAUCAGUGUUCUGGACUCGUGUAUAACAUUCUCCAAGUGAGCCUACUAUUUGAGCGGCAAACUCUGCUGAAACUAUUUAGCAAGCGUGAGAUAACUGAAUGAGACAGUCUAAUUGAUAUGAGUACCGAAUUAAGAUAAAUCAUGAAUAUACUGCUAGCUAAACACAUAUUUAUUGGAACAAGAAUAAAAACACAACACUUAAACCGUGAAUACAAGGAACAGGUAGAGCUAGUUUUGAGCUAUACUAUCACUCAAAAAGCUGUUGAUAAAAGUAAAUAAAACUAUUUUAUGAUCGUCAACUUAUGGAAAUA